AUGCACUAUUCUAUUACCAACGACCGUAGCCUGGCGCUCUCGCGGAUCAAUUUUACCAAGGCUCUUGAGGGCAAUUGGUUUUUCGGGCGCAUUAUGCCUGAAACCGAACAAGCAAUUUCACUCCGCAAUUUCUCUUCAUCAUUGAUGUCUCAUGGCCUCGAGGCUUUGAAAGACACCCUAAUCAAGAGCGAAUUGGAUCUAGAAUAUCUUCUAGAUGAGGUCACAAUCCACAUAGGGCAGCUACGUGUCAGUCCUGAUCGGUUUGAUUUUCAUGUAGUAAAUGAGCUUCUCCUUCACACGUUCGAUGCAAUGAUAAUUCGCAUAUGGGAGCUUGCCCAGGAAUGUGAAGACCUAGAUGAAAGCUCUACGUUUUUCCUGUAG